GCAGCCGCGGUCCCGGGAGGGGCCCGAGCGCUGACCGGCCCACGGCCUGGGGCGUACUUCCUCCCCGCCCCGCGCCCGGAUGCUUCCGACGGGAGGGCAAUGAAGACGUACGGCACGCAGGCGCCGCGGGAGGCGCCCAAGCGGAAGAGCGGGCUCCAGCGCACACAGGAUUUCAUUACCAUUCUGGUGGCGAGCACCGCGGCUGCCUUUGUCACCCUCGUGCUGGUCAGCUUUGGCCUGUUCUUUCAGCCUGGAUCAACCCUGGCUGCAACCGUGGUGUCGCUAGUGGCUUGCUGCGUGCUGGUUGUCGCUGGCAGACAGCUACCUCGAGAGUACCGCGAGAGCAGACCCCUAGGGUUAUUGUCAUUGCCCCCCCUCGGGAUAUCGUGCAUGGCCGCGAUUGCCUCCGGGGCCUUCCUUGGGCUCUACUGCUACGGGUCGUAUGGCUAUUUUGCAAUGCUUUACGACCAUACUCGCACGUACGAGAACGUCGUGCCCUCUACGAGUGCCAUGGCCGUGGCUGACGCUGGGCGCGUCGUCUUCGAGGCUGGCGCGAAGAUUGACCAGUCGCAGGCCGUGGGUUAUGGCGAUGCGACGGGCGACAGGUAUUGUGUUGCACCCAUUCGUGGUCCAUCGUCGGAUGCAAAGUCCCAUGUCGAGUUCUGGGCUGCCGGGGUAAAUUGCUGUGGCUGGUCUGGCGAGUUCAUUUGCGACGACGCUGCUGAUCCCAGCGCACGCAGCGGGAUCGUCGUCCUGGACGGUCCUGAUCUGUUUGCUGCAUCGAACCGUGACCACUAUGUACACGCAAGGCGAAAAGCAGAGGCUCGUUUCGGCAUUGCUGCUGCAGAGAGUCCCAUGUACGUGAGGUGGGUCAACAGCGACAAUCUUGAUCUGCUUGUAACGCACUACACCUGGAAAGCUUGGGCGUUCAUUGUGGUUGCAGCCCUGCUGUAUUCAGCACUGUCCGCACCGUUUCUAUGGAUCGCGUUGAAAUGA